AAUAAAUUGUCAAUAAAAUGUGAUAAGAUCUUGGGGAAACAAAAUCGACACGUGUUUAAAGUUCUAUUGCGUACUAAAAAUACCCGCCUCUAGUAAUUGGACUGAAUGACGGGCUGAUGUACUGAAGAACAGGAUUAAGUCAAAGUCUAGUUAUGAUGUCACAGGUCCGCCUACUAUCAAAAGUUCAAAAUUUAUGGAAGAAAGUCGCUGUCUAACAUGCGGGAUUACGACGAAGUUACCGCUUUCCUAGGAGACUGGGGGCCACAUCAGAAACUCAUCUUCGCCCUUUUGAGUCUUAGCAUCAUUCCGAAUGGUUUCACCUCAUUAAGCAUAAUUUUCGUCGGAGAUGUCCCAGAACAUCGCUGCUUAAUUCCCGAGAAUCUCAACCUCAGCGAAGCAUGGAGGAACAGGACGAUCCCGCUACAGGGUCCCGAACAACGGCGCAGCAAGUGUACUCGGUACCGGCUGGACGUGAUACUGAACCUUUCGCAGACAUUCCCCGACCCAGACUUCCUCAACGUGUCUGAGAUCGAACAGGAACCGUGUCUGGAUGGAUGGGAGUACAGUAAGGAGCAGUACAUCUCCACAUUCGUCUCCGAGUGGGAUUUGGUGUGUAACAAUAACUGGAAAGAUCCAUUCGCUACAUCAGUGUUCUACAUGGGAGUGUUAGUAGGUUCCUUUACUUCUGGAAUAUUAUCAGACAGGUUUGGGAGGAAAAUUGUUAUGUUUGCGACAAUGGCAGUACAAAUUACAUUCAAUAUUCUUCUCGCAUUCUCACCGAACUUGGAAAUCUUCAGUCUAAUUAAUUUCUUCAGAGGUCUAGGUGAUAUUUCAAAUUAUGUGGCCGCCUUUGUUCUAGGAUCUGAACUUCUUACGGAAUCCAUGCGGAUUACCUACUCUACAAUUGGAGUUGGUGUCUUUUUUUCCUUAGGCUACAUGUUCCUGCCCUUUGUUGCAUAUUUCAUAAGAGAAUGGCGGACUCUAACAGUGACCCUGGCUCUCUGCUGUUUGUUCUACAUUCCUUUGUGGUGGUUUAUUCCAGAAUCUCCACGCUGGCUACUGUCUAAAGGAAAGGUAAAGGAGGCUGAAUCAGUAAUUCGACACAUAGCAAAGAAAAAUGGUGUCACUCCACCACCGAAGAUUUUCAGUGAACUUGAGCUUGAAUACAUAAAGAAUUAUGAAGUAAAAUCUGUUCCAUUUACUCAGUUGUCAAAAACCUGUAAUAUCCGAGCCAUCACCAUCAUUAACGUUCUGGUCUGGAUGAUUAUAACAAUGGGAUACUUUGGCCUGACAUUGAACAUACCGAAUCUCCAUGGCGAUGACUAUCUCAAUUGUUUCCUCUUUGCUGCCUCAGAGAUUCCAGCCAACGUAGUAACAUGGCUUCUCCUCAGGAAAUAUUCACGCAAGUUCAGCCUUUCGGGUGCUCUCUUUCUUGGCGGAAGUGUCCUGCUCUUCAUUCAACUCAUCCCAUCACAUCUCUUAAUAGUUGCUACAGUGCUGGUGUUAAUUGGAAAAUUUGGAACUUCAUGUGCCUUUUACAUGGUUUAUAUCUACACCGCUGAACUGUAUCCGACCCCACUGAGAAACACAGGUGUCGGAGUGAGUUCAAUGGCAUCCAGGAUCGGCAGUGUCAUUUCACCUUACAUUCUUUUGCUUGAUGCUUAUCAGGAAAAUGUGUCACUGAAUUUAAUAGCGGCUUUGACAAUUUUUGCAGCAAUUGCAGUUUUGUUUCUGCCAGAAACAUGUAAUACUCCUCUUCCAGAUACCAUUAACCAAAUGCAAAAAGUUAAGUGAUCAGAUAAAGGCAUAUCAAAGUAUUCCAUCGGAGAGAGAAAGAGAGCCGGUUGAGAGGCAAAGGACGUACUGGCUCUACUCUGCGCAAAAAUGAAACAAUGGGAAAAAAGACAGUGGUCCUUCAUGAGGAAGCAUUUUGACACACCUGACUACUGAUCUUAAGCAGCAAACAACUGAGGAUUUCAUCAUAAAUUGCAUCAUGGUCUGAUGGAUCCUUCUGCAUAACGUAGAGUGAAAAUGAGGGAAGUGGGACUCCACUCUCAAAUGCUGAGAUCAUCUAUGAAAUAGCAUUUGAUUAUUCUUACUAAGUUUUAAUAAAAUAUAUUUUCUGGACUUUUUUUCUCUGGACAUUGUCAAAAAAAAGAUUUUAUAUAUGUUUAGCUUCUUCGGAUCAAAUUACUUUUGGAUAUUUUCCUCUUGAUAGAACAACUUACUGGAAAGAAGUAAAUCCUCCUACUACAUUUCAGUGGUUCUCCCAAACUAUUUCUUAUCUGAGUUUGGAAAAAAUCAGAAGCACUAUCUUUGAUUCUUCAAUUAAAUUUGAAGAAACCUGGGGACCAUUUAUUCGACACUUUCAUAUGAAUUAAUUUGGCUUAUUUCAGAUCCUUUUCUCUACUUAUACUUGUUCAGGUAUGGAGUUCUGGAGUUCUUUUCUUGACACCUUUAUAUAUUUAUAAAGUGCUAUUAUUGCCCAUGUUAGUUUUAGUUUAGUAUUUUUUUUCAUUAUAUAUUUUUUCUCAUAUAUAAUUUCAAUUUUUUUUUUUCUUUUUUCGACGAUUAUUUUUGUUUUUCAUAUAUAUUUAUAUAGACUUGAUUGAUUUAUGUACCUUUUGUUGAUGGAUGUUUUAAUAGGAUAUUAUUAUCCUAUUACUAAUGUAAUCUCAAGUUUAUUGAAUCUGU